CCAACAGCGGUCGACCGCUUGUGCAUGGCAACGGCGAUGGAAGACGGCUCGCAGUUCCAAAUCAACCAGCGCUUCGCCGGCAGGUACGAGAAAUACCGGCAGAAGGAAGAGCUGCAACGGCUGAAGGAUCGCUAUGGAGAUAGGGCAGAUGAAGAAGAGAGUUCCAGCUCUGAAUCUGAUGAUGACAGUGAAGUGGAAACUGACCCGAAAUUGGACAUCGCAUUCUACAAGACGUUAUCUUUGUUGAAGAAGAAGGAUCCCAAAAUUUAUCAAAAAGAUGCUCAGUUUUACAAAGUGGAAGAAUCCAGCAAAAAACAUGAGAGCGCUACAAAGAAAAAGAAAAAGGAGAAACCGAUGUACCUAAAGGAUUAUGAGAGGAAGGUCAUUCUUGAGAAGGAGGGGAAAUAUGAAGAUGAAGAGAGUGAUGAAGAGGAGUCAAGAGUUAAAAUUGAGAGAGCAACAUCCCCUAGUUAUAUGGAGGAACAGAAACAGUUGAGAGAAAAUUUUCGCAAGUUUGUUGAAGACAGUGAUGAGGACGGUGACAGUGGAAAUGAUAGUGGCUUUGGUUUGCUGAAACCACGGGUGAAAUCUGAAAAGGAAAAGGAAAAAGAGGAGGAGUCCUACAUUAACUGGCUGAAAGGGCAAAAGUGUUCACAAGUAAAGGCAGAAUUGCAAGAUAUGCAAUAUCUAAGGGAUUAUUGGAAUGAUCCUCAGUUGGAAGAAGGGGAGAGGUUUCUCCGGGACUAUAUUCUCAAUAAAAGAUAUCUUGAGGAAGAAGAGGAGGAGGAGAAAGAGAGAAUUCCAACAUAUGAUGAGAUUGUCCAGGAUGAAGUGGAUGACUCCGAAGAUGAUGGGGAACUAUUUCUGAGGAAACAGGAAGACUUUGAAAGAAAAUAUAACUUCAGAUUUGAAGAACCUGAUGCAGAAUUUAUAAAAUCAUUCCCAAGAACGAUUGCAACCUCGGUCAGAGCAAAAGAUGAUAGAAGAACGCGCAAAAGAGAAGAAAUUAAGGAAAGGAAGAAAAAAGAGAAGGAAAAGAAGCAAGAAGAGAUAAAACAACUUAAGAAGCUGAAGAGGAUGGAGAUUAUCAACAAGCUGAACCGGUUAAAGGAGAUAACUGGGAACGAAACUGUCGGCUUCGAUGAGCAGCACCUGGAGGAAGACUUUGAUCCAGUCAAGCAUGACCAGUUGAUGCAGCAAUUCUUCAACGAUGACUAUUAUGGAGUAGGAGAUGAGCAGAAACCACAGUUUCAGGAUGACGAGGAACUUGGUGAUGAGUGGAAUUGGGAUACGUGGACAGGAGCAGAAAAUGGCUGUGCUGAUGGAGAGGAAGAAGAACAGUGGCAGCAAGAGAGUUUUGAACCACACUGUGACGAUCCGGAUUUUAUUAUGGAUGCAGAUUAUGAUCCCAGUCAACAAGUAAUCUCCUCGAAGAAGAAAAAGAAACAAAACACUCCUCUCAUGGGCAAGAAAAGGCGGAAGUCUAAAUUUGCUGAGGCAGUUAGCAAGGCAAAGCCAGCAUUUGAUCCCAAGGACAAAACCUUUGAACAGUACUUGGAUGAGUACUACAAGUUGGAUUAUGAAGAUAUCAUUGAUGACUUGCCCUGCAGGUUCAAGUACAGACAGGUUUUGCCUAAUGACUUUGGGCUCAGCACAGAAGAGAUUUUGGCAGCAGACGAUAAAGAACUUAAUGCUUGGUGUUCACUUAAAAAAACCUGCCAGUUCAGAACUGAGAAGGAAGAAUUCCAUGACCUGAAGAUUUACAAACAGAAAGCCCAGAAUCUGUGGAAAAAGCAACAGAUCUUUAAAUCUUUUGCACUGCACGAAGAUGAAUCACAGAGAAACCAGGCAACUGCCAAAAUCAAACUUGGAAAGAAUAGAAGGGAUAAGUUGAGAAAGUCGCAAUUGCUGGAAGGGGAAGGAGCUGAAGAGGUGGAGGCCGAACUAAGUGCAAAGAAAGUGAGGUUGUCAGCUGAGAACAAACAGGUCUUUGAGCUGGAUAGCGAUGAGGAUGAAGAUGUCUUGGUUCCCAAACCAAAGAACCGUAUGAAUGUGGCGACCCCAGGGGAAGUGAAACCCAGCAGAGAGAAGGCUGAGGAAAAAUCUCCAGGCCCUUCUAUUGUACAUCAGAAACAAUCCAAAGGUCCCAUCAAGAAAAGGAAGAAAUUUACAAAGAAGAACAUGCUCCUCACUUCCCAAGUGCAGUUCGGCGGACAUUCGUUCAGUGGCCAGAGACUGCAAGCCUAUGGAUUAAACCCACGCAAACUGAAAUUUAAACAAAUAUUCAGAGAAAAGAAGAAGAAAGAGAAAAGUAAACAGAAUAAAGACUGAUUUUUCUACUGGGAGAGAUUAUUUUGUAUGGUGUUGUGAAAAAUAAACAAAUGUGCUAUCACAGAUGAUCCAUUAA